GUCUCACACCUGACAAGGUUGAUUAAAAUUAAAAUUUUAUUAGUAUUUUUAAUAAAAUAUUAUAAAAAUUACAAAAAAUACUACAUUAUGUUGAAAACUGCACAACCAGCACUUUCGCCGCGUAGAGAUACGGAGACGGGAAUAAAGAAACGGGGACUACAUACGCCUGGCAACAAGCGAGGACACUCCAUCAGUCCAAUUGGUGCUCGUCUUCGAGGAUCAAUAUACCCAAAUAAAGCUGCUUUAGAAAGGAGAUGUCAAAGUUUGUCACCAUCACGGGAAACUCCGAGAAAACUUUUGGACAAACAAAAAAUCUCGCCAGCUUCUGCUCCCGGAUCAACAAAUAUACAAAAAUGUCACAAUAUUCAACCAGAUCCUGAACAAGACAAAGAACCUGUGUUGCCUCAAUGUGUCUUAAAUAAAAUGAUGAGGAUCUUGGCCACUAAAAAAAGGGAGUUCGUCAAAUUACGGAAAUCUGUCUUGUCACAACAGAAUGCUUUGUUAGAGCACUAUGCAUCUCUAAAAGAAAUGGAGUAUCGUGCUGGUGCCAGUAAUGAAGAAUCGUUGGGCGAGGUGCGGGUGCUGUCAGUGACCGGAUGGCCAGCUCACGAUUUGUUGCUGCUAGUACGUGACGACCUUCAACUGCCGUUGACCUCGGAUAUAAAUGGUCUUUUUGGACCUCAAAUAAUGCAGCAAUUACAUGCACAGUUAAAUAGUAUUCCUGACGAAGUACUUGGAGUAGGUGCUGAAAUUAUGGCGCGUCGUAUUGACCUUUUAAACCUCUUACGUUGCAAGCUUCGCAAUGAUCGCUCUACCUACCUUACUAAUUUGGAAUGGAAAACAAAGAAUACAGAAUUUGACCACGAUACGGAAAAAUUGCACAGUAUGGUAGCAGGGCUUGCAGAAAAUCUAAAAGCUAAAAUCAAUUACUCGUUGGAGCUGGCUAAGAUUCCAUGGAUAGAUCGUGAUACUAUGGUGAAAAAGAUAGAUCGUUUACAAAAAGAAAAUCUUAUUCUACAAAAUAAAAUAGAAGAAAUUACGAAAAAAGAGAACGAGGAGUGUAAAGAAACCGAAGUUUUAAAUGCUACACUUACGUAUCAGACCUUGUCUGAAGAGUUGUCUAAGGAGCGUGCAGCCCGCGAAGCAUUAAAAGAAGUGGUGUCAGCUGCUGAAAGUAUGCUCCGAGUAGCGCGAGCGAGGAUCGCCACUCUGGAGCGGCAAUUAAAAGAAACCAGCGCAGAGCUCGAGACGGCGUGUCGCAAGCACAAAGACCUCGAGCAACUCGUAAACAGACUUGCACUCGAACAUUCCCAGAAGACAUAUCGUCAUCGAGAGACGAGUUAUGACGCAAGAUCAAAGAAAUUAAUUGAAGUGUCAAAAACUGGGGAAAUGACAAUUGAAGCACUAUCUCGCCAACGUGAUGCUCUUGAACUUAGAGUGAAAGAGUUACGUGAACAAGCAGAGAUGGCUGAACGUGCAGCCGAAAUACGAGAAGCUGAGCAACGUGCCCGUGGUGACUCACUUCAGGCGAAGGUAGCAGAACAGGAAAAAAACAGAGCUGCAGCAGAAGCUCGAGUCGUAGAAUUGAGCGAACGAGUCAAGGAAUUAGAGGAACAAAUACAAUCAUUACGUGAACGUUCAGUUAAACUAGUUGACAUGGAACGCAGGCGUUGUCUUGAAUACUUGCCUUCAAAAGAAAAUGAACCAUCAGACAGAGAAACUGAAAUCUGGAAAGAGUUACAAGCUACUAGGGUAGCGCUAUCUCGUGCCGAGGAAGAAUUACGGCAAAGCCGAGCAGAUAAAGAUACAUUUCUAAAUUCAUUAUCUCAGAUUGCACAACGCGAAGGAGCAGAUAAUAUACAAGAUAAAAUGGCAACAGAGUUAUUAGAUAGAGAGCAAAAAAUAAUAAAACUAAAGCAAGUUAUUGAAGAACAAAAAGAAAAUGAAAAACAAAUGGAGCAAAGUAUGACUCAAUAUGAGAAUCAAUUAGCAUCAUUAAGACUGGAAGUGAAGAGAUUACGAAAUUACGACUGUUAUGCUAAAGAAAUUCCUUUUCAAGAACUGCAAACGCAGUUAUUGGCAUUGCAUAUACAAGUGGAAACACUUUCACGUGAAAAAACAGCUUUGGUAACGGCAGCCGCAUCAAGAGCUCUAAUGCUUGAACGACACGAGCGAGCCGCUGACCUAUUCGCCCGAAUGGUACGGGCACGUAGAGAUCUCGUAGCCGCUCUUGGUGGGAAUAACGAACCGUCAUCAUUGGAUCAGUUUGCUCAUGCAGAGGUGUCGCGUUCAUUGUCGUCUGUGUGUGCCACCUCGGCGGAUACAUGGACAGCGUUAAGGGCUGAAAGAGCACGAGUACUAAGACUUGAGAGCGCGGUGCUGGAGCAGAGUUUACAGUUGGAGCGUGAGGGACGUGUGCGUACACAACUUGAAUGGCGCCGAGCUAUACUUGAGCGAGAAAUGCUACGAGCGCGCCAUUCAGCAUCUAUGGAGCACUGGGUUAUGAGCAAGAAUCCAAGUUUGAUUCAGGACAUUCUUUGGAAUAAAUAGACGAAAGUGACAGCAACAAAAAGUAUUAUUACAAAUGAUUGUCAAUAAAAACAG